AUGAAGACACAAACGUUGUCUUUAAUGAAUAUAAAUGGAAAGAGAAAAUUUCUAGGAACGAAUAAUAAAAUAUAUAGAAAAGUCAUAAUAAAUCCAACAUCAGAAGAUGAUAUACAAAAAUUUUGUAGAAAUUAUUUCAGAAUAUAUAAUUUCUCCUUAUAUAAUUUUAUACGAAGAUUAAUAUCUUUUGAUGCCAUUCUUGUAUACUCACUAUUUUUGACUGUUUAUAUAUUUUCCGAAAUAAAUCAUGGCGAAACAAAAAAAUAUUUAUUUAUCGAUACAGCUAUUUCUUUAUUUUUUAACAUUAUCCUAUUAAUUGUUAUAGAAAGUCUUUUUGAACUAAAAAAACUGAAAGACGUAAAAAAUGCUAACUCUCAAUAUUACCUAAGGAUAGUACCAAAAAUGUCUUACUUUGAAAAGGUUAUGACGAAAGAUAUAAAGGUUGGGAAUAUCAUAAGAAUAUUUCAAGGAGAUGAAUUUCCAGCUGAUGUGGUAAUUUUAUAUGUUAAGAAUAAUGCAAAUGCAAUAGUUGAUUCUUUUAAAAUAGAUGGGCUUUUUAGAAAGAGUAUUAAAUAUGCAGUUGAUAAAUAUAAAAUUGAUAAGGAUUACCUAAAAAUGUUAUCCGAAAUUAAUGGCGUAAUAAGGUGUGAAUUGCCCAAUAAAAAUAUAUUUUGCUUUCAAGGGAAUUUUAAGUUGGAUAAACAUCCACGCUCACUAUUAUUGAAUUAUCAAAACUUCGCUCUACAAUCCUCCGUUUUGAAAGGGGCAGAAUAUAUAGACGCUGUAGUUGUAUAUACAGGUGCUGAUACUAAGAAGAAUUUGAAUAUUCCACAGAAGAUCGAAGAAAAUAAAACAUUCUGCAUAAAAAUGAAUAAUAUUGUAUAUUACUUAAUAUUCAUGUACUUCUUUUUUGUUGUCCUAAGCGUUGUUAUAAAAAUAGUAUUUUUUCACAAAAAAAGCUCCUUUCAAAAUUCAAGAGAUUCUUUCCUUAGUAUGUUGGAGGAUUUUGUUGGCUUGUAUAUAUUGGUAUUGCCUAUUAUGAUGUAUUCAGAAAAGAGUUUAAUUUAUAUUAUACAAAGUUUGAGAAUAGAAAAUGACCUAAGGAUGAGAAACACUGAAUCUGAAAAGCCCAAAGUUUUUAAUAAAAAUAAAAAUGAUGCCUUAGGUAAUGUAGAUUUAUUAGCAACAUCAAGAAAUGGUGUCCUUGUAAAAAGGAAAGAACUGUUAGUAUCAUGUGUAAUUAAUAAUGUUAUGUAUGGCAAAAAAGAUUUAAUAUGUUCACGCAAAAAUUUCAAAUUACCUACAUUGAAUAUACUAGAUUCAGAAAGAAAAAGUGUUUCCAAACUUUUGAACUUGGAUGAAAGGAUAUUCAAAGAUCCUGAAAAUAUUUUUUUCCCAACUCGCGAUUUUUGCUCCUUUUUGAAAUUAUUCGAAAAUAAAAUAUCAUCAAUAUAUAAUCCAUAUUCCAGUAGUUUAUCAAAUUUAUUGAAAGAAAAAUAUAAAAAUUAUGUGAACGAAGAAAUUCUUAACAAAAAUGUGAAACUAACGAGUUUUGUAAAAUCUCAGCUGACUAUUGGAUACAAUCAAAUUUGUGAAAAUGAUCAACUCAGUUACAACUGUCAAGAAAUUUGUGAAGAUUCUCAAAAAGAAAAUAUCCAAUCCGUUAAGAUUGAAGAGUUUAUUUUAGGAUUAUGUGGGUGUAAUAGAAUAAUUAUAUAUAAUGAAAAGUGCCUAGAUAUAAGUUUGAACGAAUACAAAAGUGAUAAUUUUAUGGAAACAUAUAGUAAGUUUGAAACGGAGAAUGAAGAAGAUCAUGAAAAUGAUCAUGAUGAAUAUAAUAAUAUGGAACAUUCAGAUGAUGAAAAUAUCAAUAGUAUUGAAUAUGAAGAUAUAUGUUUAUAUAAUAUUAUAAGGAAUACAGGAUUCUCUAUUUAUUGUUAUAAGAAUACAUUAUUUCUUUAUAAUUUAGUGAAAGAAUGUAAAGUAUAUUUUUUAACUUGUUAUCAUGAUUUCUUAAGAAGUAAUAAAUUUUCUAUGUGUAUUUUAAAAUGUGGACAUAGUAUAAAUAAUGAAAAGGAAGGAGGAGUGUUAUAUGUACGAGGAUAUGAUUUUAAUAUUCUUCCAUACAUAUCUAAAGAGAAGAAUAACAUAAAGAAAAUAAAGAAUGCUAUAAAAAUAUAUACCUUAAAUUAUUUAAAAGUUAUAAUAUUAUGUAAAAAACAAAUAAGUAAUGAAGAUAUAGCAAAAUAUAUUAUAUUAAAAAGUGCAAGUAAAAAAUUAUCUUUCAAAUUUUAUGAUUUGAUUAAAUUAUUUUUUUUAUAUGAUUUAGAAGUUAUUGGAAUUAUAGGAUUGAAAAAUGAGUUAAAAGAAGGAGUCAAACAAACAUUCAAUGAUGUAAUAAAUUUUGAUAUUAGAUCGUGGAUAUUUGCAAAUGAAUGUUCAAAGGAUACAUAUUUAACAGCUCUUCAAUGUAAUUUAAUUGAAUCAUCUUCUAACUUAUUUUUAAUUAAUUAUUAUAAUUUAAAAAAUACACAUGAAGAAGGUGCUAAUAUAUUAUUCCAUAAUUUUAUAUCGUCUUUGUAUAAGUUAAAAUCAAAUUCUUAUGCUCUAGUCAUAAAUGAUGAGAGUAUAAAAAAUAUUAUGACAAAUGUAGAAUCAAUGAAAAUAUUAUUAUGUAUAGCCAUGAGAGCUACUGUAGUCUUAUUUUGUAAAUUGCAAAAUGAGACAAAAGGAAAAAUUAUUAGAACCUUGUAUGCUUUAACAAGGCCUAAAUUGACAGUCCUAGGAAUAGGAACAACGUUAAAUGAUGCUUACUUAUUAAAAUAUUCAUCUAUAAGUGUCUGUUUAAGUUUGAAUGAGCAUGUAAACAUCUUAUAUAAUAUAUCAGAUUAUGUAUUGCAAGAAUUUAAAUUUAUUAGUGAAUUGCUUAUAUUAGGAAGGCUAAACAGAUUUUCCCUUUGCAAGGUAUUUUUGUGGAUAAUAUACCUAAAAAUUACUGUUGUCUCAUUUUAUUUUUUCCACAAUUUUGAUAACUAUUUUUCGGGAUCUUCAGCAUCUUCCAUAUUAUAUACCCAAACAACGUUUGCUCUUUUGCACUACUUUCUUAUCAUAGCAUUUUCUGCCUAUGAAAUAGAUUUACCAUAUAAAUUUGUAAGGAGAGUACCUUAUAUAUAUCAGCUAUCGAGAAGGAAAUAUUUUUUGAACAAUAAUAUUAUACUUUUAACAAUAAUUGAAGCCAUACUAAUUUCCCUUACUUCAUAUUAUAUAUUACGAUUAAAUGUAUUUCAUUUGAUUACUCAUCGUGAAUUUACUUUUCAUAUAUUUAUUUUAAAUGUUUUUAUAACCACAGAAAAAAUUCUUUUACUUUCAAAAACAUGGCACAUAUAUUUUUUUAUUAUGGCAGUUCUAAUUAUAGGUAUAUUGUUUAUAUAUGUUAAUAUAUUUACUUUAGUAGAUUGUAUAAAAAAUGGGAAAUGUGAAUUUAGUCUUUUUCAAAUGGAAAAUAUAUAUUUCUGGACAUCUCUCUUUCCUAUUUUAUAUAUGAAUUUUAUCAUUGAUAAGCUUAUGAAAUAUAUAAGGAAUAAAAUAUACCCAGAUAUUUCAGACUAUUUAAGAAAAUAUUUUCUUCGUAGAAUGUUCUGUCAUAAUAAUGAUAAACCUUUAUCACAACGGAAAAUAAAAGGAAUAAAUAAAUUUGAAAAAUUUGAAAAAAAUGAUUUAUUAUUAAAACACAUUCCAACUCCUAAAAUAUAUAAGAUAAAAGAUGAUCCUACAUAUUAUAACAAAUCUAAGAGAAGUAAAUUUUUAUAUGAUACAUUUAGAAAAGUUAUAGAUAUUAAUGUAAAAUACAGGAAUCAACAAUUAAAUUUAGAAUAUAAAACAUAUGAGAAAGGGAAUAAAUUAAAAUUACGUAUAAUUGUAAUAUUAUUAUUUGUUAUUUAUAUUAUAAUAUUUUCAUCCCAAACAAUAAUUGAUAUAAAUAUAAAAUCGAAUAUACAUUAUAUAACAAUAUUUUAUAUUAUAUAUUUUGUAUUUUCAUGUGUAUUAUUAAUAUAUAUAAGAAUAAGGAAUAAAGCUACUUCUACAUUUUUCUUUUUUUUGAGUAGAUUUUUAUUAAUAUGUGGAUUUUGUAUAGAAUUAUAUGAUAAUAUUAGUAAUGAUAUUUUAAAUGUAUUAAUUACCUAUUCCUUUACAGUAUCUUAUAUAUUUUUUAUGUCCUUUAAAAUAUUAGAAGCUCUUUUAGUAUGUAUAAGUAUACUCUUAUUAACAUUUUGGGUUUAUUAUGAGAAGAAUAAGAAUAUGAUAGAUAUAUGUACUCAUUUUUGCAGUAAUCCAUAUUUAUCAAUAAAUAAUUUAGAUCAUAUGAAUAUAUCAUGUUUAUGUAAAAAACAAAUAGUUAUCUUCCUUAUAAGUUUAUUAAGUUUUACUUUGAUUUGUUUAUCUAUGAAAUAUUAUGAGAUAUUUUAUUUGAAGAAAAAAUUCUUAUUUAGAUAUAAACAGAAAGUAAAUCUAGCUAAACAAAUUGAAAUACUACAUACGAUGUUACCAAAUUUUUUAGUAGAAUAUUUAUUAAUUAGUGACCCUAAAAAUGAUGGUAUUAUGGUUGGAAAAAAUAUAUCUGGUGAAGAUAGAGGUAUAAUAUCUGUAAUAUUUUGUGAUAUUGAUGAUUUUCAAAAUAUGGUAUCUACAUUACAACCACAUAUAUUAGUAGAAACAUUAGAUAAUUUAUAUUUAUAUUUUGAUAAAUGUAUAAAAUAUUUUAAUUGUAUUAAAAUAGAAACCGUAUUUGAAUCAUAUUUAGCAGCUUCUGGAUUAAGUGAAAAGAAAAAUAAUGAUUUAGACAAAAUUAUGUAUGAUACAAAAUGUGCAAUAAAAUUAGCUAUUGCUCAGCUUAGUGCCAAAUAUUAUAUAUCAUAUAAAGUAUUAGAUACACGUGAACAUUUUUCUGAUAAUUCUACUUCAUAUGAUAAAUAUAUAAAUAAAAAUAUUAGUCUCAAAAUUGGGAUACAUACAGGAAAAGCUAUAAGUGGUGUUAUUGGAUCUGUGAAACCACAAUAUGCUCUCUUUGGAGAUACUGUAAAUACAGCGUCAAGAAUGAAAUCUACUUCACUCCCUGAUCAUAUUCAUGUUUCAUAUGAUACGUAUAAAUAUUUAAAGGAAGAUAACACAUUUGUAUGGAAAGAAAGAAAGGUUUUUAUAAAAGGAAAGGGUAAAAUGAAGACAUAUCUUCUAGUAGACAUUUUAGAUGACAUAAAAAGGAAGGGGGAGUCCUUAAAUUAUUAUUCAUCUUCUAAUUUGUUAUUGUCUCAAUUGGGUAGUGAAACUGAAUCGAUAUAUGAAGAAAGGGAGAAUAGUAAAGGAGGUAGCAGUAAUAUUAGUAAGGAAGGUAUUAUAUCUAUUAAUAAGUCAAGUAAUAGUAAUAUUAGUAAGGAACAUAUUAGAUCUAUUAAUAAGUCAAAUAGUAGUAAUAUUAGUAAGGAAAGUCUUAUAUCUAUUAAUAAGUCAAGAAGUAAUUCUAUUACUGGUAUAAAUGAAGUGCAAAUAAAAGAUAAGAAAGAUAUGGUUAUUAAACAUAACAGAAAGAAAAAUAAAAUUGAUAGUUCUUGUAGUAAACGAAUUGAUAAAAAAAGCAGAGAUAAAAAGAGUGAUAGGAUGUAUCAUCCAUUGGAUGAAGUUGUUAAACAUUCGGAUAUACAUUUAUUAGAUUACAAGAUAAAUAAAAAGAGAUAUAAAAAAAUGAAAAGUGAUACAAAUAAUGAGAAUAAAUUAAUAGGAGAUAUAUUUAACAUGUAUGAUAAAAAAAUAAAAUAUUUCUAUAAAAAAAAUUAUGAAAGUAACAGCAUGGAAAAUAGAUCAUUUAUAAAACAUUAUAAAAAUACUAAAUAUAAAAAAUCAGAUUAUCUUCUUUUAGAUAAAAAAGGCGAAAGUGAAAAGUUUAAAAGAAAUACAUCAUAUAUAUUAGAAUCACCUUUACAUUUAAUAGGUGAUAUAGUUGAUAAUAAUAUGAAGAGAAAAAAGAAAAAAAAAGAAAUAAACACAAUUGUAUCUGAUGAAAUGUUUACUUCACCUGUCAAUAUAAAAGAAUAUAAUUAUAAUCACCAGAAAAGGGAAAAAGAAAUUGUAGGAAAUUUGUCAUAUGACAAAACAAAGAAAAUAUUUCCUUUUAUAAAAUUUACCAAGGAAGGGAGAAUAAAAAAAAAAAUAGAAAAAAAUAAAAUAAAUAAUAAUAAUAAUAAUGAUAACUUUCCUUAUAAUGAUUAUUCAUCAUCUAGUAGUCUAAAAUAUUGUGAUAAUGAAAAUAAUUUUGUGAUAAAAUAUAUUAGAGAAAGAAAAGAUUUUCAAAAAAAAUUUGAUCAUCCAAAUUUUAAUUUUAGCAAAUUUUUACAGAAUUAUAAUUCAUUGAAAAAUAAAAAAAAAAAUAAGAACAAGAAUAAAAAUAUAAGAUCAAAUGGAUAUCUGAAUUAUACAUCUUCAACUAAUGAUGGUGUUUCUUAUAAUUUCUUAUCAGAUAGUUUGUAUUAUUCAGAUAAUGAGUAUUCUUCUGAUUCUUUAAAAUAUGAUAAUAAAAGUCUUAUAAAAAAUAAAAAAAUUAUAAAAUUUGAUGAUCUUUUUACUAAAAUAUAUAUAAAGAAAAAACGUUUACUCCAAAGGAAUAACUAUGACGUAAGGAGAAAGGAAAAAAAAUUAAAGAAUAAUAAUGGUAUGUCAAGAAAUAAAACAAAAAAUAUAAAUCUUAAUGAAAAAAAAAAAAAGUUCAAAUAUUUUGUCACUAAUGAAAAUGGAGACAAUGACAAUAAUAAAGAAGAUGAUUCAAAAAGUAUGCAAAAAUGUUUUAUACAUAUAUCAAAACAUAAAAAAGAACAAAUAGAAGAUAAAAAGAAGACUCAUAAAUGUUUUCAUAAUAAUGUCGAAUGUGUUUACCCUUAUAGAGAUAAUAAUAUACACAUUAAUUUUUCAAGAGAUGAAAAAAGAAAAUAUAGCAUCAAUUUAUAUGAACACUUAGAUGAACAAGAAAAAAUGAAAGGAAAAAAAAAAUAUGUCAACAAGGAUAAGGAACUAUUAGGAUCUAUUAAUAAACAAGCAGAAAGGAAACCAACGAAGAAAAAAAAAAAAAACAAAAAUGUGGAAAAUAAAUAUGAUAAGAAAAAAAAUAGAAUGAUUACAAACAAAACAAAUAAGAAAUAUGCCAAGAGUAUUAUUAGUGGUGACGAACAAAGUAGUAAUGAUAAUAAUUUUUUGAAAAAAAAAGAGGUGAAUUUUACUGGAAAAAAUGAAGAAUAUUUAAAUAGAACUAAUACUAAUUUGUCUAUAGGCUUAAAAGAUAUGGAAGAAAAUGAUUAUGAAAUUCAUAGUAAUAAUAUAUAUUAUAAUAACCAUAUAUAUAGUGACGAUAUAAAUAAUACAAUAAAGUUGAAUAAUAAUGGAAAUGAUAUGAAUAGUAUAUCAAAAAAUAAGGGAAAAAAUAAAUUAGGUAAGAAAAUUAGUUUUUUUAGUUUGAAUAAUAAAUAUCAUGAAUCAGAAAUUAUUAAUGAAGAAGAUACUAAAAAUAUAUCCAAUAUAAGAGAAAGCCAAAUAAUUAAUAAGGAUAAAUAUAAUUAUUUUACACAUAGUCCAUCUCUUAAAAAGAAAAAAAGCGUUUUCACUAAGAUCAAUAAUUUAUUUAAAAGUUAUUUUAAAAGUAUUGAUGUGCAUGAAAAAUUUGGUUUUUCUAAAAAAUUUAAAUUCCAAACAAAGGAUUCAGAAGAUAUAAAAGGAAAUAAUAAUAAAAUUAGUAAAAAUCGUCAUAAUAAUAAUAGUAACUAUGGAUAUAAUGAUAGCAGUAAGUGUAGUAACACUGAUAGUAGUAAGUAUAGUAAUGGUGAUAGUAGGAACCAUCAUCAUAGUAAUAAUAGUCGUGUGACCUUAUCUAAAGGACAAGGGCCAGAAAACAAUAAAAAUGUAGACUAUGCAUAUCAAUUUGAUAAUUACGAUAAGAAGCUACUAAAAAAAUUAACAUCUAACUUACAAUUAAAUAAAAAGAAUGUGAAAAAUUUUAACAUAUUUUAUUAUAAAUUCAAUGAUGAAGAACUAGAAGAAGAAUAUACUAGAAAUUAUUAUAGAGAAAUAAUUAAUAUUGAUUUAACAAAAAAAUUAAUUAUAAUAUUUAUAUUUACAGAAAUAUUUUUAAGUUUAUGUAAUAUAAUAGAAUUAUCAUUUUAUGAAAAGAAGUUAAAAUAUAAUGAUUCAAUAGUUAUAAUAUGGCUUAUUAGAUCAAUAUAUUUAUUUAUAAUAACAUAUAUAUGGAUAAUAUUAAAAACGAAAUUAAAAGAAUAUAAAAAUAAUUCAAGUAAAAUGAUGUGGACUAUAUUUAUAUUAAAUAUAUUUUUAUGUUCUUGGGGCAUUAUAUUAAUAGAUUUAUCAUGUAUACAUUAUAGUAUGUUAUUAGGAAAUAAAAAUGAAAGAGCAUUAUUUUUUAUGAAAGAUGCAAGUGAACUUAUAAUAUGUAUUCAAUUAAUAUUUAUAAAAAAUAUGUUAUUUAAACAUAAAUUUUUUUUUUUCGUAUUUUUUUAUAUAUUCCUUAUUUAUUCAUUUAGUAAAUUAUUUAGUAUACACACAUGUCAAACACAUAUAUGUUGUAGUAUUAUUUUAUUUAUAUCUAUAAAUAUCCUUUAUUUUUGGUAUUCAGAAUAUUUAGAUAGAAUACAAUUCUUAGUUAAAAGAAAGAGAAAUAGAAUGGAGAAAAUAUCACAGGAUUUCUUAACAAAAAUAUUGCCUAGACAAGUUCUAGAAGAAUAUCAAAACGAUAAUUUACAAUUAACAUAUAAACAUGAAAAAAUCGCAUUCUUAUUUGCAGAUAUUGUUGGAUUUACAAAAUGGAGUAAAACAGUAUCUCCUAAGGAGGUCUUGAAAUUACUACAAAAAUUAAUAUCUAAAAUUGAUAAAGAUACAAUUAAAUUAGGUUUAUAUAAAUUAUUCACAAUUGGGGAUGCUUAUGUAGCAACUAGUCAGCCAAAUUCAUCUAUAACUGAUGAAACUGAAGCAUUAGAAGGAAUAUUAAAUAUAUUGAAGCUAGCGAAACUUAUCCUACAUAAUAUUAAUACUAUUAAAAUACAAUUCAAUAAACAUGACUUUAAUAUGAGAAUAGGUUUACAUUAUGGCUCAUGUGUUGGUGGUAUUAUAGGUUCUGUAAGAAUAAGAUAUGAUAUGUGGGGUCUGGAUGUUCUUAUAGCUAAUAAGAUAGAAUCGAAUGGAAUACCUGGAGAAAUAAUUUGUUCUGAACAAUUUAGGCAUUUCUUCAUACAAAAUGAACCACAGGCGAAACUUAACUUUUGGUACUACAAAAGCAUAUAUAUAAAUGACCAGGAUAUAAAACUAUAUGUUAUUGAAGAUAAAAAUUAUGAAGAAGAUUAUGAUCCAAAAGUUAUAGACUAUACAACGUUAUUGAAAUUACGUCAAGAAAAGGGAUUACAUUCGUAA